AUGUCGAUUUUUCAUUCCAAUUUUCUGAGAGACAUUUCUUCUCUAUUAAAUGAUGCCGAUGAUUUCAAUGUUAUUAUUAACGUUGGUAAAUACGAAAAUAUAAAGGAGUUUCGUGCACAUUCGGUAAUUUUACGUGCUCGUUGUCCAUAUUUUAAAGCUGCACUCUCAAAUGGAUGGAUUACAAAACAGAAUGAUAUGAUCAUGUUCACAAAACCAAAUAUUACUCCGACAGUUUUUGAAAUGGUUCUAAAAUAUAUUUAUACGGGUGAACUUGACUUAACGAAUCAACUUGGAAGUAUUCUUGAUCUUUUAGUUGCAUCUGAUGAACUACUCCUUGAAGAACUAUUCACCCAUGUUCAAGAAUAUUUAAUCGAAAAACAAACAACUUGGGUUCAAGAAAAUUUUGAUCUUAUACUUCCCAUCGCAUUUAAACUUACGGAAUGCAAGAAGCUACAAGAUUAUUGUCUUGAUUCAAUUUGUGCGAAUCCACAACCAUUUAUUACUUCAAAGAAAUUCCGCUCAUUAGAUAAAAAUAUUCUCUAUGGUUUACUUAAGCGAGACGAUUUUUCUGUCGAAGAAGGUGUCAUUUGGGAUUAUCUAAUUAAAUGGGGUAUUAAACAAACCCCUGGUUUGGGAAAAAAAAAUAGUGAUAGAAUCAAAUGGAGUAAUUCAAAUUAUCAAGCAUUAAAGAAAACUUUAAAUCAAUUUAUUCCGCUUAUUCGAUUUACAGAAUUUUCUUCUUCUGAAUAUUUUGAUAAGAUCCGUCCUUAUAAAGCUAUUAUUCCUAUUAAUAUUUAUGAUGAAAUUGAAGAAUACUAUUUUAAAAACGUCCAACCAAAAACAAUGAAUUUGACUCCACGUAAAAAGAUCAUCGAAUCAAAUCUUAUAAAACCAAAACUUGCCAAUAUAAUUACUAAUUGGAUUGAAAGAAAAGGUAAAAAAGAUCUAUUAAAUAAGUACAAAUUUGAACUGAUUUAUCGUAGUAGUCAGGAUGGACUUAACAUAAAUACAUUUCGAACUAAAUGUAAUGAACAAGGUCAAUGUUUAGUAUUAGUUAAACAUUCAAACUCAACAAAAAUUUAUGGAGGAUAUAAUCCACUUUGUUUCACAAAUACUAUCAUGCAAUAUUAUAAUACAACAGAAAGUUUUAUAUUUUCUUUCGAAAAUAGCAAAGACAUUCAAAAUAUGAAAAUAAGUCGCGUGAAUAAUAAUUAUACAUUACACGAAAAUUAUAACGAUGGUUUUAAUUUUCUCAAUACUCUUUAUAUGAAUGGUCAACAAAUAUAUUUUGAUAAUCAUGGAUAUUAUGAUGAGAAUAUUAGUAAUGUUUUAAAUCCAUAUUUAGGUACCAAUUUUAUUCCAGAAGAAAUCGAAAUGCAUAGUACGCACAUUAUUUAUUAUGAAAUGACAUUUUUAGAAAGAAAAAUAAUUGGAAAUAUGGAUAUUUAUAAUAUAUCCGAUGUUAAAGAUUAUCCAUUUGAGCUAUUAAAUCCUGAAUUUGAACAAAUAAAAUAUUAUAAUGAAUUGAAAAAAUUAAUAAAUAAACCAAUAAAAUUUAGUUAUUAUUUUAAUGGUCAGUUUUAUUAUUGUGGAGCUGAAUAUGUUAAAGGAAUGAAAAUUUAUUAG